CGCCGGGCUCCCGGCCCCACUUGUGUGCAGACAGCCUGAGGCAGGGCCGUUGCGGUGAUGAUCUGGCUCGGAGACGGAUGGGCCGCGGCGACCGCGAGCGUUUCACCGAAUCUGCGAGUUGUGAGCCUGCGAGCCUGCGAGUUGUGAGCCUGCGAGCCUGCGAGUCUGCGAGUCUUCUCUCUUGCCAUCUUCUGCAUUCCUUCUAGACGCCGCCGACCUGCGACUAUUUCAGCCGCAGACCCCUGGCGCAGCCCUCGCAGUGCCCUGACAGUCGUCGCAAUAAUCCGUCUCCUUCCUCAAUAGGCCGACAGUAUACGAACACCCUUUCACUCGGCCACCUAUUACUAAACACGACCACCAACAGAGGCCACGCCUCACCGACACCCUCACUGCACCACAGCAGUGCAUGACCGCAGCCGCGUGCGCAUAUAUUUUGUAGCCAUCUCCGCCAUGCGCGUUCUCGACAUGUUCAGUCUGCUGUCGGCGGCAUCGCUGGCAGCAGCAGGGAGCCACCACCUGCCAAAGCGCAACUACGCGGCCAACGACUACUACGCUAUCCAUGUCUCGCCGUCCACGUCGCCGUCAGAACUCGCCGCGCAUCUCGGCCUGACCUACGAGGGUCCCUUUGGCUCUCUCGACGACCACCACGUCUUCAAGGCCCCGAAGCAUGACGGCGACAUCGUGGAGGAUGCCAGGCAGGAACUGAAGAGGCGCCGGCUGAAGAGGGAGGCGGCGCAGGAGUACCACCCGCUCGAUAGCAUCCACUUCACACAGAAGCAGAAGCUCAAGCCGAGGCAUUGGAAGCGCAGCGUGAUCCCCCCACGACAGAAUGUCAACGACGCCAUCAACACACAGCGCGAGGUCGCAAAGUCGCUGAGCAUCCAGGACCCCAUCUUCAGCGAGCAAUGGCACAUCUUCAACGUCAAGACGCCCGGCAACGACAUGAACAUCACGGAUGUGUGGAUGCAGGGCAUCACGGGAAAAGGCGUCACAGCUUGCGUUGUUGACGACGGCCUCGACUACGACAGCGGCGACUUGAAAGACAACUUCUUCGCAGAAGGCUCGCACGACUUCAACGACAACGAAGAUCUGCCCACACCGAAGCUGUCCGACGACAGACACGGCACACGGUGCGCCGGAGAGAUUGCAGCUGGGAAGAACAAUGUCUGCGGUGUCGGACUGGCAUACGACUCGAAGAUCUCUGGUGUGCGCAUCCUCUCGGGGCAGAUUACAGACAUGGACGAGGCGCUGGCCAUCAACUACGAGAUGCAAAAGAACGAUAUCUACUCCUGUUCGUGGGGGCCUCCAGACGAUGGCAGAACUAUGCAGGCACCAGGAAUCUUGAUCGAGAAGGCCAUGGUCACAGCUGUCCAGCAAGGUCGCGGCGGCAAGGGCUCCGUCUACGUCUUUGCAGCCGGCAAUGGCGCAGCGAGCGACGACAACUGUAACUUCGAUGGUUACACGAACAGCAUCUACAGCAUUACUGUAGGUGCAAUUGACAUGCUCAACCAGCACCCUUACUACUCCGAGGCCUGCUCCGCUCAGCUGGUCGUUACCUACAGCAGUGGAGGCGGUGAUGCGAUCCACACCACAGAUGUCGGCGCAAACAAGUGCACGGGUCAGCACGGAGGUACAUCGGCGGCAGGUCCUCUUGGUGUUGGAGUGUACGCUCUAGUGUUGUCAGCACGCCCUGACCUCACAUGGCGUGACGUCCAGUGGCUCACUGUGCUAACAGCCGUGCCUUUUGACACGCCCAGCGAUUGGACCGAGACCACCCUCGGCCGCAUGUACAGCCACCAGUUUGGAUACGGCAAACUCGACGCAUGGGCCAUCGUGGAGAAGGCCAAGGACUGGAAGCUUGUCAAGCCGCAGGCCUGGUUCUACUCGCCCUGGAUGCACAUCAAGAAGUCGAUUCCAGAGGGCAACGAGGGUCUGGCCAGCGUGUUCGAGGUGACAGUAGACAUGUUGAAGGAGGCCAACUUCGAGCGUGUCGAGCACAUCACAGUCACCAUGAACGUCAAACACCAGCGCCGUGGCGAUAUCAGCGUCGAGCUAAUCUCUCCAACCGGCAUGAGCUCUCACCUCUCCACCGCCCGCCGCGACGAUGAUGACAUUCGCGGCUACGAAGACUGGACAUUCAUGUCUGUCGCCCACUGGGGCGAAUCCGGCAUUGGAAACUGGACAGUGAUUGUCAAAGACACCGUCGCCAACAACAAGAAGACGGGCACUCUGACAGACUGGAAAUUGCGUCUCUGGGGCGAAUGCAUCGACUCCUCCAAAGCCACACUCCUCCCCAUCCCCACCGAGCAUGACGACGACGAUCACGACAUAAUCGACGACCAUCCCGCCCACACAACCUCCGUCACGCUUCCCAGUCACACACCCACCGUCACAGCAAACCCCUCGGACCACCCAGAUCGCCCGGUGAACCAGAAGCCCACCGGCGCCGCCGCCGGCGCCGCCGCCGACGCGUCACCAACGAUUUCAGCCUCCCCGUCCGCAUCUGCAACCCCAGAACCCGAGUCCGAAAAUCUCCUGCCCUCCAUCUUCCCCACCUUCGGCGUCAGCCGGCGCACGCAGAUCUGGAUCUAUGGCUCGCUGGCCCUGAUCAUCGUCUUCGUGUCGGGGCUCGGCGCGUACUUCUACAUUGCGCGCCGCAAGCGGCAGCAAUCGAGCCGUGACGCGUACGAAUUUGAGGUCCUGGACGACGUCGAGGAUCGCGAGGAGACGGGCAUGUUGAGCGGAGCCGCGGCGAAGAAGGGCCGCGCGAGGCGGGGUGGAGAGCUGUAUGAUGCGUUUGCGGGCGAAAGUGAUGAGGAUCUGUUAAGCGAUAGUGAUGGUGGGGAUGAGGGGCCAUAUCGCGAUCAGGAGAGAUAUAAUGAGAAGCAUGGUAGGGAGGAGGGGAGCGAAGGGAGUGGGAGUGAGGGGCGGAGAAAGGAGUAGAUUGAUUUGCCGGGUGGUCUGUGAUCUGUAUCAACGUAUGUAGGAUGUGCAUUGAUGGCGUUUGAAGGUGCAACUAGAGAGUGGAACACUCGUUGCGCGGCUUAACUUCGCAUUGAAAUGGGUAUCGUUGGUCUACAUGCUUUUCCCUCCCUGAACGCCGUAUUAUGCAAUCUAAUCCUGUCCAGCCUGUUCUACGCAACCUUGCGCCCGACGUUCCCUACUCCGCGUCCUACAACACUGACCACGAUCUCGCCUCUAUCCUCCUCGCCACCGUUUUCUCUGAAUCCCCAGCCACUCCCACCAAAGACUUUGGAGUCUCUCGCUAGCGAAAUAAUCUCCUCGCUGGCCAGAACAUGCUUCCCCAGCGCCACGCGACCAACGUCUUCAGAACCCAUGGCCAUGAGCAUGAGCACCGUAGGUGCAGCAACGCUCUCUACAGCGCCGCCCAUGGAAAUCUUCUCCAGCAGCUGGUACGCGCACUGCUUUCCAAUCUCGUC